UUAAAAGUUCCCCAAGACGAGUACUUAAAGGUGCUAGUAAUUGAGCAAAAAGUCCAAAAAAAGAAGAAGGAAGAACGAAAAGAGCGAGGAGGAAAAUUAGGUUCUACAGGGCAUCACUUGCCUGCAAUUGUUGAUAACGGGAAGCUUUUGUUAGGGGGAAUAACAAUUAUGAGGGAUUGGGGUCUGGAUCUAUUCGACCCGAGAACCGCUGUUUUGGACUCGGAUUCUAGCUCCUCGCCCACCGGCGGCGGUGACCCCGACUUCGGCUUCGCCUUCAAUGAUAGCAAUUUUUCUGACCGGGUUCUCCGGAUCGAGAUUGUCGCGGAUCCUCCUGAGGCCCCACCGGAGUCUGAAGGUUGCCGUACCCUAGCUGAUUGGGCGGCGCGCAAGAGCAAACGACGCCGUGGAGAUGUUGUCAAAAAGGAGAAUGACAUGUACCACUCGUUUGCAGCUUUGGAUAUCAACAAUUGUCCUGAAGAGCAGAUCUUAGAUUGUCAACAGCCAGAUGUUGAAGAUGGCGCAGGUGAUGAGAAUCAUGAUGAAGAAGACAUUCCGAUGAUAGAAGAUUCACCAUCAGGAGAUGAAGCUGCAAACAGUGAUGAUUCAAAUUGGUCUGAAGAUGGUUCAAGAGUUCUAAGAGUUAGAACGUUGCAUAUCAGCUCUCCCAUAUUAGCUGCAAAGAGUCCAUUUUUCUAUAAGUUAUUCUCAAAUGGUAUGAUGGAAUCAGAGCAGAGACAUGUAACCCUCAGAAUUAGUGCCUCUGAGGAAGCUGCUGUAAUGGAGCUGUUAAAUUUUAUGUAUAGCGGUACGUUGAACGCCAGUACAGCUCCUGCUUUACUUGACGUGCUUAUGGCUGCUGAUAAGUUUGAGGUGGCUUCAUGCAUGAGACAUUGCAGCCGUCUAUUAAGAAACUUGGCCAUGACUCCAGAGUCUGCAUUACUUUAUCUGGAUCUUCCUUCCAGCGUUCUAAUGGCUGAUGCAGUUCAACCAUUGACUGAUGCAGCUAAACAGUUCUUAGCUGCUCGAUAUAAAGAUAUAUCAAAGUACCAAGACGAGGUUAUGAAUUUGCCUCUUGCUGGGAUUGAGGCAAUCCUGUCAAGCAAUGACCUUCAGGUGGCCUCGGAGGAUGCUGUCUAUGACUUUGUGCUUAAGUGGACUAGGACUCAUUAUCAAAAGCUGGAGGAGCGGCGAGACAUCCUAUCUUCUCGUUUGGGUCGCUAUAUUCGUUUUCCUUACAUGACUUGCCGGAAGCUGAGAAAAGUUCUAACCUGCAGCGACUUUGAUCACGACUUUGCAACUAAAUCCGUACUAGAUGCCCUAUUUUUCAAAGCUGAGGCACCACACCGCCAGCGAAGUCAUGCCACAGAGGAGUCAACAUCCACAAGCCGACGCUUCGUGGAGCGGGCCUAUAAGUAUAGACCCGUGAAGGUGGUCGAGUUUGAACUCCCACGCCAACAGUGUGUGGUCUACUUAGAUCUUAAACGGGAGGAGUGUGCGAAUUUGUUCCCAUCUGGGCGGGUAUAUUCUCAAGCUUUCCACUUGGGCGGACAAGGGUUCUUCCUGUCUGCACAUUGCAACAUGGAUCAGCAGAGUUCAUUUCAUUGUUUUGGUCUUUUCUUGGGGAUGCAAGAAAAGGGUUCGGUAUCAUUUGCUGUCGACUAUGAGUUUGCUGCGAGGUCAAAACCCACAGAAGAAUAUAUUAGCAAAUACAAAGGUAACUACACUUUUACUGGUGGAAAGGCGGUUGGAUACCGCAAUUUAUUUAGCAUCCCGUGGACUUCUUUCAUGGCUGAGGACAGUCUUUAUUUCAUCAAUGGCAUACUCCAUCUUAGGGCUGAGCUCACCAUCAAACGCUGAAAUACAGGAAGGAGAAGUCGAGUUAUCCUGACUCUGACGUUCAUUUGUUUUAGCUUUUGUAGAAAGCAAGAGAUUGUAGUUGAGAUGAGUGCUGGUAGAGCAGAGUGUACCCGGUAAGGCCCCAGUCAACACAUACAAGUUACUCGAAUGCUACAAUGCUGUAAAUAGAUGAUGUAGCUUGGAGGGAUGUUAUUUUUGCUUCUAUAGAGAAGCUUAAGACGUGAUUUAUCCUGUUUGAUCAAAGCUCUUAAAAGUUUAUUCUGAAUGGUUCCAUGGUUGCUCUUUCCUUUUUC